UAAUGGCACUAUUAGGCCUAUAUGAUCAUACGUAGAGCGCUUGGUGCAAAAAGGUUGUUGUAAGGAAAUAGAGAUAACAAAAGGAAUCACAAGUAGAACGUGUCCCUGAAUAGUAUAUAAAGCACACAGAAUCCUCUUCUCAUCACUGCAUCACUUCACCUUAUACUCAUCUACUACAGAUUCUCCAGAGGAAGCAAAAUCUACACCAGUCAGCAUGAAAGUUCUCAGCCUAGCGGUUAUUCUCUGCUUGUUCUUUGCUGCUACCCUUGCUGCUCCAGCAGCAGAAGUUCCAGAGACUCAAGCUGAAGAAAACACUGUUCCAGAGGAAACUUUGGAGGUAAACAAUAUGGUGGAGGACCAAUUGCCUGAAGCUGAAACUGAAGAGGCUGCAGUUCACAAGGAUCUGUCUCCUGUUGUAGAUCGCAUGGUCCUGUGUCCUCCUGGCUGGUUCCGACUUGGCUCCCACUGCUUUUUGCUGGUGACCUCUAGGAGGAGCUGGCUCAGUGCCGAGAAUUAUUGUGUGGCUCAGCAAGGCAGUCUGGCCUCUGUACAAUCUCCUGAUGAAUACAACUUCUUGCAAAGUCUGGCUCAACUUUCAGGCCAAUCAGUAGCCUGGAUUGGAGGUUUCAACUUCCAGGGUGCUUGGAUGUGGAUUGACAGAGCAGGCUUCUAUUACACCAACUGGUAUUCACAGAACUCUGGAUCAAGCUACCCUUGCUUGUACCUGAGGUCCAGUGGUGGCUGGUCAAACACCGUCUGCUCGUCGUCCUACGCAUUUUUCUGUGUCAGAGGCCCCUCCUGCUACUGAAAGAUCGUGUGAAUUUGUGUUUAUGAAGUAGAACUAUCAGGCACGGAAAUCCCUUAAUCGAUUAUUGCACAUUUACUUUGUAUGAUCUGAUGUUGUAUAUUUAAACUGUAGAAUGUCUGCUUAAAUGUUUGUGAAAUACAAUAAAUAUGUAAUUUCCUAUA